AAGUAUAAGUAUACAAGUAUAAAUAUAUGUGUUUGAAUGUGGUCGGGUUAAAAGAAGCUGCUGGUUUGUCCACAGGUUAGCUUGGAUGCUAUCACAAGAUCGACACCAUUUUCUUCACAACACGACAUGUUUGCACUCAACCUGGUUUUGUGGAUGGUGUGGAUUCUCUUUGGACCCAAUUUGUGUUUGGGUUUCGUUUACUCCAGAGCCAAAUACCCAGGAGAACCUUUCACUGACAUGCAUUCUACAUCUCAGCAUGUGGCAACAUUUAGCUCCUGCAGGAACAGAUGUUUUGAGCUGGUUGAGGUGGAGCCACCAAAGUGUCGUUGUGACAAUCUUUGUAAGACCUACAAUAGCUGCUGCGCUGACUUUGACCAUCUCUGCCUCAGGACAGAAGGUGGCUAUGAGUGCAGUAAAGAUCGCUGUGGGGAGAUGCGCAAUGAACACCAUUCCUGCCACUGCUCAAAUGACUGUCUCACCCAAGGAGACUGCUGCACCAACUACAAGACACUCUGUAGAGGAGACACUUCAUGGCUCCAGGAUGAAUGUGAUGAUUUGAAGACCGCACAGUGCCCUGCAGGAUUUGUGCGUUCACCGCUCAUCAUUCUCUCAGUGGAUGGUUUCAGAGCUUCUUACAUGAAGAGAGGAGAUACUGUCAUACCGAACAUUGAGAAACUCAGAACAUGUGGCACCCAUGCUCCAUAUAUGAGACCUGUGUAUCCGUCCAAGACCUUUCCCAACCUCUACUCACUGGCAACGGGUCUUUAUCCAGAGUCUCAUGGUAUUAUUGGUAAUUCCAUGUAUGACCCUGUCUUUGAUGCCACCUUCACCCUGAGAAGUCGAGAGAAACUUAAUCACCGCUGGUGGGGAGGACAACCAAUCUGGAUCACAGCUCUCAAACAAGGACUGAAAGCAGCCACUUUCUUCUGGCCUGGUGCUGUACCACUGGAAAGGCGGAUACUGACCAUAUUACAGUGGCUCUCUCUCCCUGAAGUAGACAGACCCUACGUUUAUGGCAUGCACUUUGAGCAGCCAGACAUAUAUGGACAUAAAAUGGGACCCAUGAGCAUAGAAUUGAAUAAUCCUCUCAGACGCACUGAUAGGAUCAUAGGCCAACUCAUGAAUGGACUCAAGCAGAUGAAAUUACAACGAUGCGUGAACAUUAUGAUAGUCGGGGAUCACGGUAUGGAAGAGGCCCAUUGUGAUCAAACAGAGUUCCUCAGCAGCUACUUGACAAAUGUUGAUGACAUCAUUCUUAUUCCUGGAUCCUCAGGCCGAAUACGCCCCAGAUUCCUCAGCAACACAAAAUACGACCCCAGGGCUGUUCUUGCAAAUCUAACUUGCAGGAAACCAGACCAGCAUUUUAGGCCUUAUUUAAAGCGGCAUCUCCCCAAGAGACUGCACUACGCAAACAACCACCGCAUUGAGGAUAUACAUCUACUGGUGGACAGGAAGUGGCACAUUGCCAGGAAAGCACCUGAAGUUAAGCGUCUUUGUGGCUUUUUUGGUGACCAUGGAUAUGACAGUAAGAUCAAUAGUAUGCAGACAAUUUUCCUGGGACACGGACCUUCAUUUAAAUUCAAGACUAAAGUUCCAGCCUUUGAAAACAUUGAGCUUUAUAAUGUUAUGUGUGAUCUUCUAGGUCUAAGACCAGCACCCAAUAAUGGAACACAUGGUAGUCUGAACCACUUGCUGAGAAACCCUCCCUUCAAGCCCAUAAUGCCCGAGGAAGUUUCCAAGCCAACCACCAUUGUUCAUGAUCAUAUGCAAGCAGAUGACCUCGGCUGCAGCUGCAAUUACAAGUUUGGAGUAAAAAGUAGAGGCCAGAGAGGUUUGAAAGUGACGCUUGCACGAGGCUAUAAUCUGGAGUCACUCUGGCUCUGUCUCUUGCAGAACCAAGUGGAGGAGCUAAACCAGCGACUGAGACAAGCUUUUGAUGACAGCAGGAAUUUACCAUACGGUCGCCCUGCAGUACAGUACUACACCAAGUAUUCCAUUUUGCAGCAUGCCGACUACAUCUGUGGCUACAGCAAGGAUCUAGCAAUGCCUCUGUGGACAUCAUACACCGUUAGCCGGCAGGUAGAAGUGUCUGCGUUGCCGGAGAUGAAAUGUAUACGACCAGAUGCCAGAGUCCCAGCAGCUUUCAGCCAGUCUUGUAGCAAGUACAAGGCAGACAAACACAUCACCUACGCCUUCCUAUACCCACCACAAUUAUCCACAGACAUGAGGAGAAAAUAUGAAGCUGUGUUCAUAACCAACACUGUUCCCAUGUAUCCUGCGUUCAAGAGAAUAUGGGCUCAUUUCCAGGGAGUGCUUUUAAAAAAAUAUGCCAGUGAAAGAAAUGGGAUGAAUAUUCUCACUGGACCUAUAUUUGAUCACGACUCUGACGGUGUCAUGGACUCUAUUGACAAGAUUCAAGAGUAUGCACGUGGUUCCAUCCUCAUCCCAACUCACUUCUUUGUGGUUCUAACCAGCUGCUUAGACUUCAGACAGGCUGCAGAUUCAUGUGGUGGUCCUCUUAGCUGUGCUGCCUUCAUCUUGCCACACAAAGCCAACAAUGAUGAAAGCUGCAACAAAUCAGAUGCGGAGUCUACCUGGGUGGAGGACCUGAUGAAGAUGCACACAGCUCGGGUCAGAGAUGUUGAAAUUCUGACAGGUCUGGACUUGUACCGCAGAACCACUCUGAGAUAUGCCGACAUACUCUCACUUAAAACAUUUAUGCACACGUAUGAGAGUGAGAUCUAACAUUUACACUCUUUCUCAGUUGUGGUCAGAAGGGCGUGGAUAUGGUAUUCAUUUUGGUCUUUUUUUUUACAACAUAUACUACAACUCAAACGUUUGGGAUCAUUUGCAAAUGUCCUUGUUUUCCAAAGAAAAACAUGCAAAUGAUCAUGAAUCAGAUGAUUUGACAGAAUAAUUAUUAUCAGCAACUGCAUUGAAUGUCCUGGAAUGGAAGUGUAUCAGACACAGGAAAGGAAAAAGUACAAACAACUACAACCUCUAACUCAUUUAUAGACACUAUAUUGCUAAAAGUAGUCUAUAGACACAUAAGUGACGUUCUAUUCUUUAGCCUAUAGGGUUUAAUAUGGCCCAUCCUUUACAAAUGUAACAUUUGAACUCUUCUUGCAAGGCCUUCCACAAGUACUGAGGAGUGUUUAUUUGAAUUUCUGAUCAUUCUUCCAGGAAAAAAAUAGGAGUCAGGAGAUCUGGAAGGUCUGGGUUCGUAUCUCCAUUUGAGAAUCUUUGUGUGGCGUUUGCAUGUUCUCCAUGUGCAUGCGUGGGUUUUGGAGGUUAAUUGGAGACUCUAAAUUGUCCAUAGCCACGAAUUUGAGUGUGAAUGGUUGUUUGUGGCCUGCGAUUAGCUGGCAUCUAGCUCAGGGUGUACCCUGGCUCUCACCGGAAGAAUACCUUACACAUAUCACCAUGACCCUGGUGAGGACAAGUAGCACAGAAAAUGAAUGAACGAAGACACUGAUGUUGGACAAGAAGGCCUGGCUCGCAGUCUUUGCUCUAACUCAUCCCAAAGGUGUUUAUCAGAUUGAGGUAGAGGCCAGUUGAGUUCUUUUUUUUUUUUCUUUAUGGACCUUGCUUUGUGUCGGAACAGGAACUGGCCAUCCCCAAACUGUUGCCACAAAGUUGGUAGUAUGACAUUGUCCAAAAUCUACAGGGUCAGGCAAAAUGAUCUGACACAUUUGUAGGUUAAAUAAAAGGCAAAUAAAGUAAAGAAACAAGAAAGUGUUUUUAUUUUCCAAAAGUACAUAUAAUGCCAUUCUGUUUCAAAAAUUAAAUCAGUCAAAUGGGAUGCAUUAUUGUCCACACAUUCAAUGCAGAUCCAGCAGCUCUGAAGUUGGUAACCCAUAACGAGAUGGUGUUUCGAGCUGGUACGGGAUCAUGUCUGCCAAGAUUGAAGUGCAAACGGAACGCUCGUUGUGUUGCAGUUACAGAUUUGUUUGUUUUGAUAAACGUUUCCAGUCCAAUUCAUGGCAGCAACUGAAAAAGAAACGAAAAACAAUGGCAUUAUAAAGAAACAAAGCAAAAUGGCAUUAUAUGAAAAAAAUGGCAUUAUAUGUACUUUUCGAAAAUAAAAACACUUUUUUUGUUUCUUUACUUUAUUUGCCUUUUAUUUAACCUACAAAUGUGUCAGAUCAUUUUGCCUGACCUUGUAGCUGUAUGCUGGAGCAUUCAGAGUUCUUUUCACUGGAACUAAGAUCUGGGAGCUGGGAUUGGCUCCAGCUCUCCACAACACUGAGCAGGAUUAGCAGUAGAAAAUGAAUGGAUGUAUUCAAAAAUAUCAAAAAACACUUCAGGAAAGACUGUACUGUCUGUACUGUUCACAUCCAUUUGUAGAAAUGACAAAAGUACUUUCCAUUCUUUGGAAAAGAGCAGUUCACACAAAUGUUUCAUUGUUGCAAUUUCAAAUGUUGAAAUGUAAAAAAUCUGAUAAACAGCACACAUUUAAAAGAAAACAUCUGCAACUUAGACGGGUCAUUGCUCUUUAGACUCCGUCACCCAGCUGAGGAGUACUGGUCCCCAGUUUGUGUUCAGGCAGCUUGCUUUGCUUUGCUAGUUCCUCUUCUGAUCCAAAUCCACCUGCAAGCACUUUGUGCAGCUUCACUGGCUUUCCUCUCUUGGCACCAAGAAGCCAGAGUGUACACUGUAGAGAUUGUUCUACAACCCACCUCCAUGGGCUUUCAGCAGUUCCUCCAUCCAUCCCUCCUGUAGAUCUCAACCAGCUCCUGAAAUCUUGCCUUCUUUCGCUCAUGAGCCUCUUCAAUGUGCUCUUCCCAGGUAAGUGUGACUUCCAGAAGCAUGUGACUCCCUGGGAUGAGUCCGAUAAAAACCAAAAAGCCUGACUGAAGACGAUGCAUGAUGAAUGCAGAUGAAGAUGCAUGUGAAUGAUUUUUGGUAAAGUGACAAAACUAAGAAACUACCUGUAAAGCUGUGAAGGUGCAAAUGUACAGUAUAUAAACCAGAGGUGUGGACUUGCAAUUGUGGUUGCAAUUUUGAUUACUUUGGAGUCGACUUGAUCAAAGACUUGCAACUUGACUUGGACUUUGACAUUAAUGACUCUGGACUUAACUCGGAUUUUAGUCAUAUGACUUGAAAAUAAGUGACAUUUUCAUUGAGUGUCUUGAGUAAAAUGUGUCCCAAUUCAAAGUAUUCAACGUGAUCGUUAUCGUGUCAUUUCCAGCAAGACAACAUAUUUUCCCACAGAAUCCGGGUCAUUAAAUGCAUCUCACCGAGAUGUGUCAACCUGCUACCGAGGAUAAUUGAAUCUGCAUUUGCAUAUUACGACUGUAAAGUAUUCUGGUUGGUAAAUACUCAAAGGGUGACUGACAUGAUUUAUCAACUUUACUUAAAUAUGUUAUAAAUUGUUUGUAAUUAUGUUGUACAUUGUUAGUUUUUUGAAAGAGAGUACAUUUGCAAAAAUUACAUUUAUAGUUCAUGGCGGCAGUCAUGAUGAACUCGUCGCAGCAAAGUGUCAUGGAAGUGACAUCAACGAACUAACACCUCUCAUCUUAAGCAGAGUAAACAAACGCUUCUUGAGGGAGAUCGUCGACAUUGUUGGGUAUAUUUGUCAUCGUAAUAGUUGUCAUGCUGAAAUGUUGCUGCUGGGUGUUGACAAUAUCCGAGUGAUAUUGUAAGUUUGUUUUCUUUUCCAAAACAUGAAGUUUUACGACAAAAAUGAACGAAGCAAGUGCAGAGAACGAGAGAAUCAUGGAUGAGUGCUUUGAAGGAACACCUUCACAAGAAAUAUUUUGCUUCAAAGUACAGUAUAAACGCAUUUUGAACGACCACUUCGUCAAAGUUGGCACAAAACAGAGUAAAUCAUGUAUUGUAUUCUAAACACUACUUUACCAUAGCGACAAGGCUGCAAAGCAUUAUACAGUACAUGUUAUAUGAACAUCUUUUCGCAGUGAUAUGUUUACUGUGCAAGGGAAAAAUUUAAUAAAUCAGGCUAUCACGAUGCCUUUAUGCUCAUUAAUAAGCCAAUUUAAAAACAAUAAUUGAAGUAUAAGCAACUCUAGAAAGUAAUUUACUCACCAUUCUGUGUUGUGAAGGCGACCAAUCUUCAUCUCCAUGUCUUAAGGCUUAAGUCUGUUUCAUGUUUCUCCCUUCUUUUCUUCUUAAAAACUAUUGACACAUCGCUCAAAUCUUCACAGUAAUCACUGUGAACAUCCUCUGUCUCGUACACCGUUAUUUUUGGGUAGCUGAGAGGUGUUACUCCGCUUACAUCACUUCAAGAAAUUGUGACUGUGAGGAUUUGUCUGACACUUGUCUGGAUCCCAGUAUGCAGAGGCAUACACCAGUUGUGAAUGAAAGAGUCUUUUUAAUACUACUGCAUAACAGUUCAGAAACAAAAAACUACGAUGCCAUGGAAAGAAAAGGGCAUCGCGGAAAAAUGGAAAAAUAUGCGACUGAAAGGAAUACCAAAGCUGGUCAGGCGGAGCUACAAACAAAGCCGUGGGGAAAAACCAGGCAGGACUGGAUGGCCGACGGCAGCAGCACAGAUCGUGGCUUGGAGGUUCUGCCACGAGGAAUCACCGAGUGCCAUCCAGUCGCCACAGGUGAGCUAAAAAGGAGUGACAAUGAGGCACAGCUGUGCCUGUUCUGUAGCUCCGCCCAACUAGAGAUCACCUGGGUCUUUGUGAUGACACAAAAGCAGAAAAAUUAACAAGGGAAAGGAAAUAAGCCACAAAUAAUAACCUGAACCCAAAAUGUAAAGCUGGUGUCUACGCCAGGCGUGACAGUGACGAGUGAACUAUAUAUACAGUGACCAUGAACUAUAUAUGUAAUUUUUGCAAAUUUACUGUUCCCUUUCAAAAAACAAACAAUGUAGAACAUGUCAUUUUUGGACAUGUGGAACUGUGAAUUGUACUAUGUGAUGUACUCCAGUGUAACUUGUAUCCAUCCAUCCAUUUUCUAUGCCGCUUAUCCUCAUUAGGGUCGCGGGGUAUGCUGGAGUCUAUCCCAGUUGACUUCGAGCGAGUGGCGGGGUACACCCUGGAAUAGGCGCCAGCCAAUGGCAGGGCACAUAUAGACAAACAAUCAUUCCCACUCACAUUCAUACCUAUGGACAAUUUAGAGUCUCCAAUUAACCUAACAUGCAUGUUUUUGGAAUGUGGGAGGAAACCGGAGUACCCGAGAAAUCCCAUGCACGCACGAGGACAACAAUGCAAACUCCACAUAGAGAUGCCCAGCGGAGAUUCGAACCCAGAUCUUCCCCAUUUCCUGACUGUGUGGCCUGUGUGACUGUGUGCUAACCACUCAGCCACCGUGCGGCCCGUGUAACUUGUAUGCAUGUUCAAAAUGAAUUAAACCAUUACCAUUACCAUUGAUUACAAACAAUAGCAUAUUUAAGCCAAGUUGAUAAAUCAUGUCAUUGACCCUCUAAGUGUCUAGUACUUCUAGUAAGUACUAGAAAAUUUAAAGCCUGUGACUUUGGACUUGAUUUAGACUUGCACAUCUUUACUUGAGACUUGGGAUUAAAGAUGUGAGACGUGCAAACCACUGACUUUCUCCCACCUCUGAUAUAAACGAUGUUGUAAUACAGUAAUUGUAGCGUAUUUUAUGUUUUACAUGUAGAUGGAAACGGUGUAUGAAUGACUUUUGGAGAGAGGGUGGAUUUAAACAAGUGUUUCUUCCCCCUCCUUUUUGAAUAUAUUCAAUGUUCAAUAUGUUUCUAUGUUCAAUGUUAAACAUCAGAGUAUUUUUUUUCCUUACAUGAUGGAAAUAAAUUUAAAUGAA